UUAUGGUAGUGCAGGGGAUUGAACCUGGGACUUUAGAGCCUGAGGCAUGAGAGUCUCUUUGCAUAACCAUUAUGCUAUCUACCCCUGCCUGCCAGGCACAUUUAACUGGAAGGAAAGAGAGACAGCGUGGUCUAUUUGCCAUUUGUGUAUCUGGCUGCAAUCCUGGGGUCUUAGUAGUAAAACGAAGAAGGGGUGCACACACGGUGAUGUGUGUGCUCUACUGCGUGCACCGUCUCCCACCCCCUCACAGAUUUCUGACAUGCGCACACGCAGCAGUCCCCUCCCAUGUGCCCUUUCGUCGCUUGUCUGUCACCUCUUUCCUUCCUUCUUUAAGCCUGAUCACCUACAGUCUGUCUUGUCCACAGAAGGAGCUGAGAGACAUCCCAGUGCCGGCGCUUUACUGUUGCCAUAGCAGUCAUGAGGAGGGCCGUAAUCAGGGCUUGAACUCGCCGCCUACAGGGAAAAGCCAGAAUGUCCCUGGCCGCUUACUGCACUGUCUGCUGGAGGACAAUAGGAACCGCGGCUCCUCCGCCCCAAAGCAGAACUUCCUGGGCCGCCAUCAGAAAUAUAAUAAAGUUGACUGGAUCACUUAUUCUAGGAGGUUCUUUAUUUCUUACAUAUGAAGUUCUGGCCCUGAAGAAGUCUCUGGCACUGGACACUGAGGUGGUAGAAAAAGAAAAAAUGAAGUCGUACAUAUACACUCACACGGGUUCUUUGGAUGAAACAGAAAACCAGGGAAUUGCUUACCAAGCAAGAAAAGAACUCCACAAAGCAUUAAGGAAAAUACUAGUAACAUCAGCCAAGAUAUUUCGGAGUCCAUUUUCUGGCCCCUUCAGCACAGUGGACGUGGAGGACCACGAGUGCUCCGUGUGGCUGCUCCUGCGGCAGAGCCGGGAGGACUGCAGGGAGGCGAGGCUGCAGGCCGUGCAGGAUCUGUCCCAGGCCCACCACUGGCACGAUUACCAGUACAGGGUCGUGGCCCAGGCCGCGGAUCUGAGGACCCUCAUUGGUUUGGCGCGGAGCAAGGAGACUGAUCUUCGCUUCUUCCUCCCACCACCUCCUUUACCUGCUUUAAAAGAAGACUCCAGCCUGGAAGAGGAGCUCAGGCAGCUGCUGUCCUUGUUGCCACAGACGGAGCUGGACGAGUGCGCCCAGUACUUCACGUCGCUGGCGCUGAGCGAGAGUGGCCAGAGCCUGGCUGCCCAGAAGGGUGGCUUGUGGUGUUUCGGAGGAAAUGGACUUCCCUACGCUGAGAGUUUUGGAGAAGUUCCUUCGGCUACAGUGGAGAUGUUCUGUUUAGAAGCGAUUAUAAGGCAUUCGGAGAUCCCCACGCACUGUGACCAGAUCGAGGCGAAUGGGGGCCUGCAGCUGCUGCAGCGGCUGUACCAGAUGCACAGAAACUGCCCCAAGGUCCAGCGGAACAUCCUGCGCAUCGUGGGCAACAUGGCCUUGAACGAGCGCCUGCACGGCGCCAUUGCCGGCUCAGGCUGGGUGAGCAUCCUGGCCGAGGCCAUGAAGUCCCCCCACAUCAUGGAGGCCUCGCACGCCGCCCGGAGUCUGGCCAACCUGGACCGAGAGACCGUACAGGAGAAGUACCAGGACGGGGUGUACGUGCUGCACCCCCAGUACCGCUCCAGUCAGCCCAUUAAAGCAGAUGUCCUUUUUAUUCACGGCCUUAUGGGAGCAGCCUUCAAAACCUGGCGUCAGCAGGACCCUGAGCAGAUGGCCCCACAGGUCUGGGAGGAUGAAGCCAGCUACACCACGUGCUGGCCCAAGUCCUGGCUGGCAGCGGACUGCCCUGCCCUCCGGAUAAUCUCCGUGGAGUACGACACCAGCCUCAGCGACUGGAGAGCCCGCUGUCCCAUGGAUAGGAAGUCCAUCGCCUUCAGGAGCAGUGAGCUGCUCAACAAGCUCCGAGCCGCUGGUGUCGGGGACAGGCCCGUCAUCUGGGUGUCACACAGCAUGGGAGGUCUUCUCGUCAAAAAGAUGCUUCUGGAAGCCUCGAAUAAGCCGGAGCUGCGUGCCGUGACAGACAACACCAGAGGGAUCAUCUUCUACAGUGUCCCGCACCACGGCUCCCACCUGGCUGAGUACUCUGUCAAUGUCCGCUACCUGCUCUUCCCGUCUUUGGAAGUCAAGGAGCUGCGGAAAGACUCUCCUGCCCUGAAGACCCUACACGAUGACUUUCUGGAGUUUGCCAGAGACAGAAAAUUCCAGGUGCUGAAUUUUGUGGAGACGCUGCCCACCUACAUUGGAAGCAUGAUCAAGCUCCACGUGGUGCCUCCCGAGUCUGCAAAUCUCGGCAUCGGAGACCUCAUCCUUGUGGACGUGAACCACCUGGACAUUUGCAAGCCCAAGGAGAAGGAUGCUUUCCUGUACCAGCGCACGUUACAGUUCAUCCGCGACACCUUAGCCAAAGACCUUGAAAACUGACAACAGCUGUCUUCUCAUGCUUUUCACACGUCAAGGUCGCUGAGGACCCGGCUAGACGUCUUUGUGGCUCCCGUGUGACUGGCCUCCAGGGUCACACACAUGGGAGAUGCUCGCUACCAGUCCUGCAAUGGCGUCACUGAGACACAUGGCCCACACGCACCAGAAACAUCCACCGCCCCCAGAAAGGACACUGUCAGUACAAUUACAGACGUGCACACCUGACGUCAGAACGUUUUCUCACCCCCUCCCCCCAAGUAACACCAGCAGGCACCCACCCCCGGCAGACACCGAGCCACCUUUUGUCUCUGAGACUGGCCUGUCCGGGCAGCCCAUGGGCGUCUUGACGUCUCUCAGCGUGCUGUUUUCCGGUUUCCUUCAUCAUGCAGUCAUGUGUCUAUAUCCUUCAGCCUUUUUUCAUGGCCAAAUAAUAUUCCCAUGUGUGACUUAGCCACACUGUAUGUCUCCAUCUGUUGAGUGUUCGGGCCCUUCCUGUUUUGGGAUAUAUGGAUCAUGCUGUGAUGAACAUGUGAUGGCCAGGUUUAUAUAUAUAUAUAUAUAUUUUUUUUUUUUUUCAGAGCACUGCUCAGCUCUCUGGUUUAUGAUGGUGUGUGUGGGAUUGAACCUGGGACCUUGGAACUUCAGGCAUCAGAGUGUGUCUGCACAACCAUUAUGCUAUCUCCCCCGAUGUCCAAGCUUCUUAUGUGGCCAUCGGCCUCCCAUUGCUGUGGGUGUGCUGCCGCCACCCUCCCACCCCCAGAGUGGGCAGGCUGGUGCUGGGAAAGCAGCCCUGGGUGGACUGGGAUAGUCACAGCCAAAGCCGCUGGGCCCAGCGCCUGGUGAACCGGGGUGCUCAGUGAACCCCUGGGACAUCCCGCCGUGUGGUCACAUGACUUGGCGAGUGACCUGGCCGUUGGUUUUUCUGAGUAGAUACAGUGGGUGUGGUCAGCCGGGCCCAGCAUGGGGGACCCCCGCAACCUCCCCUCAGAACCCCGCUGAGCCCCAGCCGUAGGGAGACAGAUACAUGUUUGCUCUCUUCUCUCACUGUAUGGACAGAGAAGCCACUGUUGGAACAGCCGUUCAUUGGCAGAGUAAUGGACGGCCAGACGGAAGCGCAGCUCCUGAGAACCUCCAUGUAGCUGUGCUUGGUCGCUUCUGUCAUUUUCACCAGAUCCCUGCUCGGCUCGGGCUCACAGUGGUGCUGGAGCUUAAACCUGGGGCCUCGGUCUUCUCGCAGAGAGCCGCUACACCAGCUCACCAAAAACAAAGGUUCUGGGGCCAAGGAGACAGCACAGGGUUUUGCAGACGACUUUCCUGCCUGAGGCUCUGAGCUCCCAAGUUCAAUCCCUAGCACCACCAUCAGCCAGAGCUGAGCAGGGCUCUGCUUAAAAAAAAAGAAAAGAAAUAGAAAGUCUGGUGGCCAGGUUCACUGAUAGAAUGCAUGAAGGAAAAAAUAAAAUAGAAAGUCACGGUCUAGGAGAGAGGUUCAGUGGAUCUAAGGUAAUUCUGAAUUUUCAGGCAAGCCACUUAACGUUUCUGUUUUUCUAUGAAACACGCCUGAUGAACAUAAAGUCCCUUCAGUGGUUAGUGAGAUUUUGAAGUCCAUACUGUUUGUUUUUAAUAAACAACACCUGAAUAAACACUUUGCAGACACAAAACCUAGACCAUAAUAAAAUGUCUCUCCUAGUUCAGUCAGCCUCCAAAUGUUUUUUCUGUGGAAAAUCAAACAAAAACACCUCCUAAGGAGGCUCAGACUUCUUUCCCUCACGUGAGAAGCUGCUGUAGAGAAUGGGAAGAAAGGAAGCAGAGUAGAGAGGGCUUAGGGCAUGGGGGCGGGCAGCGUAAUGGUUAUGCUAAGAGGACUCUCCUGCCUGAGGCUCCAAAGUCCCAGGUUCAAUCCCGUGCACCACCAUCUGCCAGAGCUGAGCAGUGCUCUGGUAAAAACAAACAACAGGAGUAGAGGUCAUCGCAGGGCAAACCACUAGGAGAGGCCGUGAGUAAAACGCAGGUGAACGUGAAGACAGCUGCCCUUACCAGCCAGUCACUCACUCCUCAACACUGUCCCCCUUCAGCUGCGAGAUGAACCCCAAACUCAGGGACACCGAGCUGCUCCUGCACCCGUGUUUGAAUCAGACAGACUGCAGAGUAGCGCUCUGGCUGUGCCGGCUUCCUCACGACGCCUCACGUCCCCACACUCGCCUGGGGAUGGACCAUCAGGGCGGCGGGUUUGCCCUCUGCUUGGGAGGGACUCGGGGACCCAGCACAGCUCCGCGACCCCUGCCUGCCCUAUGAACUCACGAUUCCUACUCUCCCCUGGGUUUUCUGAUUCCUGGAAUAUGAGUUCUAGACCAAGUCCUCCUGUGUCUUAGUCAUGUUAAACACCUUGAGGCAGAAUUUGGUUUUUAUUGACCUUUGGUAUCAAAACCUGUGCAUGUGUUAAAUGUAAAACAUUAAUUCCCCAAUUAAAAAAUAAUAAAACAAUUUAAAAAAACCUCUGCAUGAAAAAAAUGUCAACUUGUUCAAUAAACAUCAUUUCAAAGUACUAAA